UUUCUUCUUCUCACACACCACGCCACUCUAAUGCGUCACUAGUGACGUCACGUGGUAGCCUGGCCCGGCUAGUUGUCACCCGUGUAGCAGGGAAGGUCAUGAGAUGGACCUAAAUUUUUCUUUGUACAUUUGCAAAUGCGUCUUAUCUUGUUGAACGCAUACACAGAUUUUGGGAUUUCCAUGUACCACGUUAGCGGUCCUUUCGAUCAGACAUCUUGAACAAACAGUAGCUAGGUAACCGGCUAGCUAGCUUGUAACCUACUGUAACUGUUAAAAGGUAACACUUAGCAAGUUCAGACAGAAGAAAUCGUACGCAUGGCGUUAAUCCUGUUUGCGAGGUCCCGGGCACCCUUAAUGAAAACGUCCCGAUCCUUAAAGAAUGAAUUCAGGAAGGGUAAAGGAAAACUACAAGAUGGUGCCUGUUUCAACUGCACAGCGCUCAGGCUCUGCAGUCAACAGUGUUUCUUUAGACUUGAUCAGCCUCAACUUGGUAGUUUGGCCCAAGUCUCAUCAUUCAGUCCGUCCUUCCCCUUGUCAGGCAGCUAUGUGAGCCAGAGCCUGGACUCACCUCGGCUCUACUGGGCCUCCCUUUCACCAUAUCCUGCGAUCACGACAGGGGCCCAGUGGACGACGGCACGACCUCAGGACAUCUCUGGUGUCAGGUGGAUACACACGUCGAGGAGGAGAUGGGAUGACUCAAAGGUGGAGAAGUCACUACGUUCAUUAAAGGACAAGAAGAAGCUAGAGGAAGGAGGGCCGGUGUACAGCCCAGUGCUGGAUGCACAACCUGUAAGAAGAACGCUCCGGCAGUGGGUUGUGGAUGAAGUCAAGCACUACUACCACGGCUUCAGGCUGCUGUGGAUUGACACCACCAUUGCAGGACGCAUGCUGUGGAGAGUGCUGAACGGACAUGCCCUGUCCCGCCGUGAGAGGAGACAGUUCCUCAGAACAUGUGCAGAUGUCUUCAGACUUGUUCCCUUCCUGGUGUUUAUCAUCGUCCCUUUCAUGGAAUUCCUGCUUCCGGUAGCUCUGAAACUCUUCCCCAGCAUGCUGCCGUCCACAUUCGAGACUCAGUCAAAGAAGGAGGAGAGGUUGAAAAAGGAGCUGAGGGUCAAACUGGAGAUGGCCAAGUUCUUGCAGGACACCAUCGAAGAGAUCGCUCUGAGGAACAAAGCUGCCCAAGGAGACGUGACGGAGGAGUUCUCCACCUUCUUCCAGAAGAUCCGGGACUCAGGGGAGCGUCCCAGUAACGAGCAGAUCAUGAAAUUCUCCAAACUGUUUGAGGAUGAGCUGACUCUGGACAACCUGACCCGCCCUCAGCUGGUUGCUCUGUGUCGUCUCCUGGAGCUUCAGUCCAUUGGGACCAAUAACUUCCUCCGCUUCCAGCUCAUCAUGAAGCUGAGGACCAUCCGCGCUGAUGACAAGCUGAUAGCUGAAGAGGGUGUAGAGAGUCUGAGCGUGAACGAAGUACAGGCAGCCUGUCGCGUCAGAGGGAUGAGAUCUCUCGGAGUCACAGAAGAACGUCUGAGAGAGCAGCUCAGCCAGUGGCUGGAGCUGCAUCUGAAUCAGCAGAUCCCCACCUCUCUGCUGCUGCUGUCUCGAGCCAUGUACCUCCCUGACACCCUGUCUCCUGCCGACCAGCUGAAGACCACGCUGCAGACACUUCCUGAGAUGGUGACGAAGGAGGCCCAGCUGAUGGCAGCAGAGAUGGAGCUCUCCAAAGUGGACAAUAAGACCAAGCUGGAGGCGACACUGCAGGAGGAGGCAGCCAUACGCCAGGACAACAAGGAAAGGGAGCUGGAGAGGCUGGCUGACGCUGCAGAGAAAACCGCCAGGGAGGGCGAGUUGGAGCUGGAAGCUGAGAGGGUGAAGCACAGCGAGGCGGAGCCAGCGUUGUCCAAGGUUGAUGUGGCCGCUCACUCAGAGACUCUGAGGGAUACGGCACCUGUCGCUGAAGGAAUCAAGGGCGAGGAGAUCACUAAAGAAGAGAUUGACUUGUUGAGCGAUGCCUGCUCAAAGCUGAAGGGGCAGAAGAAGCUGUUGACUCUGGAGAAAGAAGAGCUGGAAGAACUGAAAGAUGAUGUUCAGGAAUACAAUGAGGAUCUGGAGGAGAUAAAGAAGGAACUUUCUAAGACUGGACAGGAGAAGGCUUUAGAGGAGUCGAAGGCGAGCCAGCGUCUGUCUAAGAGAGUGAACCGUAUGAUCGGUCGCAUCGACAAGAUCAUCGGGGAACUGGAGACGGACAAGGCCGUCCUGGAUGGACAGAUGGACAGCGGAAGCACUCCACCUGUUGGUGUGUUCUACGCCUACAGAGAGAACCUAGUCAGCAUCAAUGAGCUGAUCGGCAUCAUGCGGCAGAUCCAGAAUAUUCCAGAGCACAAGCUGCAGCGCAUCGCCGAUGCUCUCGAUGACAACAAGGACGGGAAGAUCGACAUCAACGAUGUCAUCAAGGUGGUGGAACUGAUCGACAAGGAGGACGUCGACAUCUCCACCUCUCAGGUGGCUGACAUCAUGGUGAUGCUGCAGAAAGAGGAGAAGCUGAUGGAGAAGGAAAAGACCAAAGAGAAGGCUGAAAAGGAGCAGGCAGCCACGUUCACCAGCUAACUCCUGCUCCGCAAGAGACACAGGGUAUAUGUAGAAAGGCUGUCGAGAGGUUUGUGACUGAAAACCAUCUGGACAAGUUGAGAACGAGUCACAAGGUAACGGCUGCUUUCUCCAAAUGUCACAUUUCACUGAUAAAUUCAGCCCCUACGACUUCUUGGAAAGUGAACAACAUGGCUUGUUGCCUUUGAACUGCACAGAAUGUAGAAGAAACCAGUGCUCCUGUUUUAUAUGUUGCUAUUUGGUUUGGUGUAAUUUAGUUUUAAAUUUAUCACAUUGACAUGAAAACAUGGUCAUUCUCUCAACUUGGCAAAGGGGAAAAGUGAUCAGAAAUGAUAUAUGAGAGAAAUAAUUUGAGGUUUGAGGUGAAUUGUGUUGCUUUUCCAUUCAUUCACAUUAUCAUCUCUCAGAAACGAGAGAUCGAUUCUGAAUUUUGCACAGUCAAAAUCAUCAUCCAUCGUUCCACUCAGUUUCUUUUCCUCUUACAAUUUGUUUUGCCCGCGUUUAGCCAAAGUUGCACAGUGGCACGUUUAAUAACAGAUUCAGAUUAUUCCUAAAAAAAAAUAAACUGACUUGACACAAACAUUCAGUUGUUGCUUUGAACUGAAGUUGAGUUUUUAUUAGUCUCUAUUUCAGAAAACAGUUGUCAGUUGUUUGGGUUGUCUGGUCAGAGGAUGAUGUUAGCUGGUUCAUCUUGUGCAGGUGAGUAGUAGGAUAAUCAUGGUAACCUUAACCAUAGUGCCCUUCUCCUGAAGCAGAUAUUGGGGAUUAUAUACUGUGGUAUAUUUAUUUUUGAGUAUUUUACAUUCUUUUCACUUGGUAUAAUUUAGCUUUUGGCCUGACUUCAGUUGAAUCAGGUUUAUCCAGGGUCCUGGUUUUGUUUUCAGAUUGUGAUGUCUGACCAACACGUGUUGCCUUUGGUUUAUAAUGAAACAAAGAGAAAAUCUCAGAUUCUCACCCCUUAGAAAUUGGAACCAUCUGACCUUCAGUUUAUGCCUGAUAAUGAUGAAUUUUGAAUUUUCUGUCAAUUCAGCUCUAAUUUUUCCUGCUGUUGGUCAGUGUGAGGAGCUGCUAUUUACUGACAUUUGAAAUCUUAAAAUAAUCUGAGAAUUAACAUGAAUGAAUUGUUAUGAAACAAGAAAAAAAACUCAACUUUACAGCUAAACUGACCUUUGUAAUGGAUUUAUAGCCAAAGUCUGGUUUUUAAGACAUUAACUUCUGUAGUAUAUCACAUAACAGGCUUAGCGAGAAGAACUGGGGCUAUUUAAUGGCUAUAACCAAUUUCACCAUAACUUUGCACUUUCAAGACAGAUCUGGGCUUCAUAAGAUAAAAAUAAGAUGUCUGUCAAGGGUGCCAAGUUGGACGUGUUGCUUGCAGGGUGAGCCCACAGUACAGGGCUGAGCCAAUGAGAAGCUCUGGUCACAGUGAACCCUCCAGUAUUUCCCCACUGUCACUAGAGAGGAGCUGAGGUGUAAAUGUAAAUGGGGAUGAUAGGUGCUGCUUGAGACACUCCAUUUAAUCUGUGUGUGGAUGAAUAAGAACUUGAUCAUCUUCCAUCAGGCACUGUGCCAGUUCAGACACUCCCUGGCGGAGUGAGGGCUCCGCUUUGCCUGGGACCAGUCAGACUGAUGGGUGCAGGGUAAACACUCGGCCCAUACAUGGGCCAAACCCAGCUGCAGCGGACGGUUGUGUUUAGCUUAGAGAUGCUCUGGCGGGACAUGGCAUGCUGUCUGUGGUGUAAAUCAGCAGCCUGUGUAAACAUGUCAGAGCCACAGUGUGACAACCCCUCAGUAACACUGGGCAGGAGAGAGUGGUGUUCGUUUCCCUACGCUUGACAGAUCAGACUCAGGGGCACCCUGUGCACAUUAGCUGCCCUGCCACUGCUUCAAGGCAUGGGCGGGUCAAAGGUUUAAGGUGGAAAAGUGACAUAUACCAGGAAAAGUGAGGCUGAUGGAGCUCGAUACUGGCUGAGUACAGUGCAGUGUUAUCUGGUGAGUGAAAUAUUUGCAGUCUCACAAUCCUGGCAGAUUCCUUUGUGAUGUAUGCUGUUUAUUUUUGGCACUACUGCAUUAUGAUACUGGGUGAGAGUGUUGUGCUC